AUGCAUGGCGAGAUCCUUUGGGAGCCCUUUGCAAUGAACUUGCAGCCCGGAGAGCCGGGAGCCAGGGGACUGAUCCGCAUGAAGGAUAUGCAGGCGCGCUCCUUGCAGAAAGGGCUGGAGGAGGACUCACCGGAGGCUGUUAAGUCAUCGGUCACAGUUCUUCCCCUGCUACAAGCUCCCGAGGGUCAAUCCACCGGGAUAGUCUUGCAGGACUGGAUUGCACAAGUGACUGUCGCAAUGCAGGAUCUUUCUCCGUCUUCGGGGUCAUGGUGGUCUAAGGUGAUGGCUUUGGUGCAGACCACAUAUUCUGCAUGGCUCGGGCGCACGCCUCUAGAGCGGUUACAGCUGCAACCUACGAACAGUGGCUCUUUGGCUGAAGGCAGAUGGACCCGGGUGAACGCCCGAGCGUGUUCGAUGCUACUCCAGAGCUUGAGUGAAGCGGUAAGGCAAGAUCUCAUUGCCAGACGUGUUGUCCAGAACGCCGUCCUCAUUAUGUUUCGACUUCACACGACCUAUCAACCUGGAGGUGCCUCGGAAAAGACGCUGGUGCUACAGAAUUUGCAGACCCCAGCCUCGUGUGAAACGCUGGAAGAAGUGCUAACAUGGUUGCGGAGUUGGCCAAGAUGGAUCCAGAGAUGUCAGGACUUGAACAUGCUUUGUCCAGAUGGAACGGUGUUGGCCAAGACGUUGACGUCAGCUACUUCCCGAUUCAUUGUUGAGGGCGGGGAUGCGCAGUUCCGUACGCAGUUGCUUCGGUCGACUUUGCGAAUAGUCUACUGCCACGAUGAGGACUCCUACGGUGAAAGCGUUUGGUGCAGGAACCUCAUCGCCUACGGGAGCCGGCUCAGCUACCACAACGACUGCUACCAAGCCCAGAGGAUCUACAGCUACCCAGCCUACAACAUCCCCAACAGCUCCCUCUUCGUCCUCUACUACAACCUCUCCAAAGGUGAACAGGGUGGAGCCGGAAACCAAGGCCCAGGACCGUCAAUCAAUGUUGUUACCCUGAAGCAACAGUGUGCCCUGAGCAGUUCUGAUGGCGACGGGCAGGUGUUUGCUUUGGUUGAUUCAGGUGCUACCCACGCGCUGAGAAGGGCGAAAUCUGAGUCUGAGUGGCAGGAUGCAAGCCCGGUGACGGUGAACCUAGCAGGGGGUCAGUCGAUCUUCUUGAAGAUGAAUAAGGCCGGCACUAUCCUGGUCCCAAUCACGUCCUCUACUACCUUCACGUCUACGGCGCCCAUAGUUCCCCUUGGUGCGUUAGUUGGACAGCUGGGAUACACAAUGACCUGGAGCAGUAACAAGUGUCGUCUGGAAGGGCGGAACGGUGAGAGCUUCAACCUUAGAGUUCGUGAAGGGUGCCCAGAGAUCACUGAAAGAGAUGCCCUAAAGCUGAUCGCCCGCCUGGAGGACGACAAUCUGGAAGUCCUCAAGAACCGCACCAAGGAAACCCGCCAGCGGGUUCGAGCAGCGGCUUUGGCAAUGGAGCGGACGUGGUUCGAUCAUCUCUUGUCGUAUGUGGACGGAGAGCUAUCAAGUGAAGCACUCAAGGCGGUGGAAACAGCGCCUUUCCUUCAGGAUGUUCCUCGACAGUGUGUGGCAGGUUUGGCGGAGGCAAUCCCGGAAUCCAAUGGUUAUGGGCAUCCAAGAAAUGGCUGGUGCACCUUUUUUCGGGAGAUCGAGAUAGGCCCGAAUUCCGCCACCUUGAAGGGCAUGGUUAUGCAGACUCCGCUGUGGUCCGAGUACGCCCUCGAGGCUGGCCUUGAGUCGUACAACUUCGAUAUGGCAGCUCUGGGAAAAUACUUUACGCGCCAUACCACGCUGGGUACUAAUCUACCUCUUCGGCAUUUGGAUGGCUUGAGAAUGAGAUACCGUACUGAUGGCCCGGUUUCUACAAAGGCUCCUCCUGCAGUAUGGCCUCCAAAGUUUGUGGAACAUGUUGUGAUCGCCUUGAGAAAUUGGGGCAAGGCCGGGGGAACCGGCAGACGCCACUCGAGGGUGGAGCAUCCGUCCGCCUUUGUGCUCUCAGCUGACCUUUCUGGUCCUGUCAAGGUGGGCGGAGUAGAUCCAGACGGCAGGGGCGCAUGGGUCGACUACGAUGAAGGUGAGAUCAAGGCGGAGGAGUACGACGACAAGGACGAUGGGUUAGCAUCGGAGGGAAAGGGGCCGUCUGGAGAAGAAGUUAGAGAUGUAGUUGGACAAGUCGAUGAAGAAGAUGAUGAUCCAGACCAACCCCUAAGAGCAAAGGUUGGUCCAGAUGAUGAUUUGGAUCUUGCUGCCCCGGAGCUUGUGAACUUGAUUUUCUCAACGGGGAUCCGUGAUGAUAAGGCAGUGACGGUGUUGGAGGCGGUGCAAGACGUUGUGCUUUACUGCCAAUCCCUCAACAUCCCGAUUCUUCGCUUCCACACGGAUCGGGGUAUGGAGUUUCAGGCAAGAGGCACGAAGCAAUGGCUGAAAAGCCAGGGCAUCCGUGUUACGACUUCGGAAGCGGGCGUGCAUCAAACCAACGGGGCGGCAGAGUCCACAGUUCGGUGGAUAAAGCAAAGGGCAAGAACACUACUCCUAUCUGCCGGACUACCACAACACCUAUGGCCUACAGCAGUGGCUACGGCCGCCACCAUCCAAAGGUCGGACGUUCUGGGCUUUGAGCCAAUGCUUGCGGCGCCGUACGGCUCCAAAGUGAUGGUGCGCAAAAGACAGCUAGAGGGCCCUAAGUUGGACGAUUUGGCGCCAAAAUGGGUGCAAGGUGUCUAUGUGGGUCGCUCAGAAAGCCUCAGUAAAGGCCAUUUGGUUUUCAUUUCGAAUGAUGAGGGUGAGAAGUUUGUCCAUACUCUACAUGUGCGAGCCGGCCUUCGGGAUCCAGGCCCCGUUGAGGAAGGGUUCCAUGUUGAAGAGCCAGGACCACCAGAACGUAGAGUACGAGGCAAGUCAGCUGGAUCUGGAGAUGUGGUUGGGGUUUCGAAGGUGACGAUCUUUGAGGAUGAAGGGCUCCAAAAGUGGGCUGAGGCGAUCCUUGAGGAGUGGUCGCAGGAGGAGGCCGAGGCCAUUGUCAUCCAGGCCGGCAAGAAUUUAGCUGCCACGGAGAACAACUACGGCAUGUUUAGGUUUGGUGGCCGAGUAGGUGUUACAAAGGCAACGAUUGAGAGACCGUGGUUGGCAAAAAUAGCCCUUCGUUUGCUGAGGGAAAAGGCACCCGACGCCGAGUUUGCCGCCAUCUUCAUUUCGGUCAACAACGAAAGGGAGGUUCAUGUUGAUCGGAACAAUGCCAUGGGCACCUUGAACUAUAUCCUUCCGGUUGUUAUGCCUAGGCGGGGUGGUGAGAUUUGGCAAGAACUUCGCGAUGGAGAUGUGGUGUCUGGUAGAAUACUUGAGCUCCAAUCCCAAGAUGGUCGAGUCAGAUAUGGUUGCGCAUACCCCUUACAAGAAGGUCGAGUGUUUCAUCUAAAUCCUCACAGGCGUUACGCUGUUCUUCCAUGGAAGGGAGAGCGCUUGGUGGUGGUUGGUUACACACCUGGGGUUUUGCAAAAUCUCAACAGCCAAGAUAGAGAGCUGCUAUGGGACCUAGGGUUUCCUUUGCAACUGGUUGAGGAGGAGCCUAAGUCGGAGAUCUAUAUCAACAUGAUCAAGGUCCUUAGCGCUUUUGAGAAUAAGGCUGAGAUCUUGGACUUGUCCCAGGAGGAGAUAGCAGAAUUUGCUGAGGAAGCAGCUACUCAAGUUCUACCCGAGCGUGAUCCUGAAGUUCCUUCUCCGUGUGAUCAAGGACAGCAGAGCUGCAGUAGUUCCCCGGAAGUUCAAUGUGAAGAAUGGUGUUAUGGAGAUUUGUGUUUGGUGUUGGAAGGCGGGUGUGAUGAUGUGGCUCAUGUUGUACCUUUGGCAAGUGAAGAUGUGUUCAUUGCAAAGGCGGAGGUCGGGUUCACUGAGAAUGUAGAGUUGCUCCUUGAGUCCCUCGAGAGCCCGCUCAGCAUUGUUCAUACAGUCGAUCCUCGGGAGGUAGCUCGCUUCUUUGAGCGUUGGAUUCCGUCCAUGGGCAAAGAGGUUCAGACUUUGGAGCAUGCUGUGGAGCGAGUUGAUGGGGCAGAUCCUGAAGUUCGAGCGGAUAUUGAGUCUGGACGUGGACAGGUGCUGCCAAUGAAAGUAGUCUACACAGUGAAGCCACCGGACCCUCCUGCUGAUGGAGAGGCCCCCAGUGUUUGGUACAAAAGGAAGUCAAGGAUCGUGGUGUGUGGCAAUUUCGCCUCACACCAACCCGGCGAGGUGUAUACCAAUACAGCGCCAGCUGAAAUCGUUCGAGCUGCAAUAGCCUUGGCUCGCUUCUUCAACUGGGAUCUGGGAAUGAUAGAUGUG